GAAGCCGAAAACCGUCUGCCGUCUGGUUUUGCUGCAUGGAUGUUUUGCAAAUUGCGAAUUACGAAGGAUUAAUAGAAUUUUUCGUUUUUUUUUCGUUGUGAUUGAUUUUGUCUUCCUACAAAAUUAUAAUAUUCCUACAUGGUGCAUUCAAAUAUGUCAAACGGGAAUUAUCAGGUUGCAGAAGCUCAUAGUUUCGGUUUAGAGCCUAUCACUUGUCACGCAUGGAAUAAGGAUCGAACAGAAAUUGCCUUCAGUUUAAACAGUAAUGAUGUAAUCAUCUGCAAAAAUCACAAUGGGCAUUGGAGUACAAUAGCAACACUAUCGGCCCACGACCUCCGAGUGACGAGUAUAGACUGGGCUCCGAAUACCAACAGGAUCGUCACUUGUGGGGCGGAUAGAAAUGCGUACGUGUGGACAUUGAGCAAUGGAUUAUGGACUAAAUCCCUUGUGCUGCUAAGGAUAAACAGGGCGGCUAUGUGCGUCAAAUGGUCGCCUAAGGAGAACAAGUUCGCAGUGGGAUGUGGAGCGAAAUUAGUCGCAGUAUGCUACUUCGAUGAGGAAAACGACUGGUGGCUUAGUAAGCACAUAAAAAAGCCGAUCCGAUCCACUGUUACGUCCAUAGAUUGGCACCCCAAUAAUUAUUUGUUAGCAGUUGGAGCUACAGAUUUCACUACUCGAGUGUUCUCAGCGUACAUAAAAGAGGUCGACGAUAAACCAUCGCCCUCAUCAUGGGGAGAUAAGACUACGUUUGCCAACAUGCUCAGCGAAUACAGCCGGUCCGGUGGCUGGACACACGAUGUACGCUUCUCACCUUCUGGUGACAAGCUAGCCUGGGUGUCGCAUGACAGUUCUAUCUCGGUGGUGGACUCCAAGCGUGACGUCAACAAUGCCGUCACCCAGAGGACCAUGUUCCUACCGUUUAUGGCCUGCAUUUGGCUAAGGGAGAACCAUAUACUUGCGGCUGGCCAUGACUGCUGUCCUAUGUUGUACAAAUAUGACCAAAGCGGGAAGCUUGCUUUUGAAAUGAAAGUGGACCAAGUUCAGAAGCGAGAAACUGGGGGAUUUAGUGCUUUGAAGAAGUUCGCAGAUAUGGAUAAGCGGGCAACUAGCGAAAAUGUUGAUGUCCUUUUAGAUACAACACAUCAGAACACCAUAACGCAACUUUCGAUGGCUUCGUCAAACAAAAACGACACAACAAUUUGUUCUACCGGUAUGGAUGGAUUAAUGGUUAUUUGGGAUGUUAGGGUGAAAUGAAUUACCGAAAGAGAUGUUUUUCUAUUUUUUGUCCUCUUUUUUAACCGCUAUUUGAUUUUCUUAAUCUUUACCGUUGACUUGUUGUUUGUCCGAAGAGAUUCAUCGAAUGCAGUGUCUCUUUGCUGGCAACAAAACCAACAUGUAGUCGGUUUUACUGAGAGAUAUCCUGAUCAUUGUGAUUGGGGAUUUUUAAUCGUAGUUCUUGAUUUUUUUCUUACAUUUGCUGCCUUGUUCCGUUGUUGAAUGUCAUUUUUUACUGAGGUUUGAAGUGUUCUUACUGACCGUGAUAUUGACUGCUAAUGCCAAUGCGUUAUGGUCGGCUCAGUAACGAUUGCCAUUGUACUGCCGACGAAUAGUUGGCGGUGUUUGUAUACUACGCAAGUCACCUCUACCGUAAAGAAUAAAAAAUUUAUUAUUGG